AUGGCCGACUUUUUCACUUCUGCUUCCACCUUUGUCGCUCCCGUCGACAAGUCUGUCACUCGGAAGACCGAGGCCAACAGCGCCGCUGGUAUGACGAACCAGACUUCUGAGGCUACUCAAUCGACCAAGACUUCGGGGUCGAACUUUUCAAUGUGCGAGAUUAUCAUGUAA